GUGUUAAGUACAGAUAUAAAGCCGGUUCGACAAGAUGGAGCGAUUUAUGUUGGUGACGGUCAUUUUACUGGUCAAUCUAGAGGUCAUUUCAAGCCACGGAAACUGUGACCCGUCAUCCAGUGUUUGGCUCCAGGAUAGGGAAAAUGGAGGUGGAUGUGAGGAAGGUUUUUCUACCUGUGGAUACACACUACAGCCUCUUACUGACAUAUUCGGAGCGGAAGUUAUGGAUAUAAAUCUAUCGUCCCUUGACGAAAGCUGCGCACGCGCAUUGAGAAAAGAAGCAUACAUGUACAAAUUCCUCUUGUUUCGGGAUCAAGAUUUAAGUUGGCAAGACCAAAUCCGUUUCACAGAACUCUUGGGAACGCCUUUUGUAGAAACUUCCGCUGUGAACCGGAAGUUCCAUCCAAAGGUCCCGGACGCUCGAUUAGGUUACUUCUCAAAUGACCCUGAUGAGGGCUUGCAAGGUCAAGGAACCGAAGGAUGGCAUGUAGACGGAAAUAUAGUUGCUAUCCCACAUCAGUUUACAAUCAUAUAUUGUGUUAGCGCCAGUAAUCACGGACCUACGUUGGUGGUACCAUUGAAACAGAUUGUGGACAUGCUCAGCCCGGAAGAAAAAAAAUAUUUGGAAACAAUUUAUUUUGUGAGUGGUCACAACUCUACAGUUGUAAACCCACUGUUGUAUAAACAUCCCGACAGGAACGAAGAUACGAUCAUGCUAGCUUUAGGAAUACUAUCUGGAAAUUAUAUCCAAAAACAAGACAAUGGAGAGGAAAAAGUUGUAUCCAAGGCCGAGACUCAAUAUAUUCAAGAUAUUCUUGAGGCCAAAAUACUUGGUUCGAAUCUUAUAUACAUGCAUCAAUACAAGACUAAUGAUUUACUUCUUCUUAACAAUCCCUCGGUUGCACAUAUAGCCGGACCGGGUUCACAGAGUGCAGUCGAAUUGUCCGGCCUUCGUCUAAUGCAUCGAUCUACCGUCCGCGGCGACCAUCCGCCCAGUAAGGAAUCGUCUAUUCAAUAUGAAUGCGAAAGAUUUGCUCCCCAUACGGACGGGUAUUGCUACUUUUCGUUGAAGGGCUCUGUGUUUUAUCCCAGGUAUGGUUUCUUUGAUACAAAAGACACUGCGAGGCAAAGAUGCCAAGGAAUUAAUGCUGAUGCCGAUCUAGCAGUUAUCCCUAAUAAAGAAUGGAAUGACGUGGCCAAGAAAAUAAUAGCACGUACUGGUGUUCCCCAUUGGAUUAAUGGGACAAACCCGAAUGACAAGGAAGUGUUUUGGGUUGACAUCAAAAGUGAGUACACCAACUGGAAUGAAGAACAGCCAAAUGACCAUGAUGGGCCGGAAGAGUGCGUGGUGAUAGGCCCAUUUGGUAACUGGUAUGAUCUGCCAUGUGCACCGAAGACUAAGGAAGGAACUGACCCAGGACCUGUGAUCACAUGGGAGGAUGGAGUUAGGCGGAAGUACAAUGUUUUCCCGCUUUGUGGAGUUAAACAAACUUAUUUGUAA